UGAUACUAGUGUUCUUACCAUCAUGUUGCUCGCGUAUCGCUGGGUGUUGGCAACCCUUCCAUUUCUCGUUUUUGUCGUUGCUUCCUCUGGCGACAGAUUAUCAAACUUUCAGAACUGCGUCUCUGCAUGUUAUGGAGACUAUUGCCAUCCUCAGACGACGCUUUCACUUGGCCUCAGACUGACAUGUUGGACGUGUACAGAUGACUGCAAGUACCAGUACAUGCAUAUGCUCACAGGUAUCGCAAUCUUUUGGCGGUUCUUCGGAAUGCAAGAGCCAGCCUCUGUCGCGUUCUCACUGUGGAAUAUGUACUAUCAUAUCCAAGGAUGGUGCCAGCUUCGCAGCAAAAUACCAAGUGACCACCCGAUGCGAUCUUACUACUUAACAUGCACCAUAGUGAGUGUUAAUGCCUGGCUCUGGUUCGCAGUGUUUCACACAAGAGAUUUGCCAAACACAGAAAAACUGGAUUACUUCUCUGCUGCUCUCGUCAUCUUAUAUUCCCUGUAUCACACGGUUUUACGGCUCUUCAAUCAAUACCCCACCCGUUCGCGUGAGGAUGGUCAUAUCCAGCGCACGCCCGUUCACGUUCUAUGGUCGUCCAUUUGCACUGUAGUUUACCUUGCCCAUGUCACCUAUCUCAGCAUUCUACCACAGUUUGACUACAGCUAUAAUAUGGCAUUUAACCUCACUGUUGGCUUCACGCAUAAUCUGCUGUGGCUGCUAUAUUCCCUUCCCGUAUCGUUACCCCUCAUUCGACACUUUCCUUUCAAAUCAAAAACGUACAGACCAUCAUACGCAUCUGAGGUAGCAGUCUUUGUUGUUCUUACGACGGCUGCAACUGCUCUAGAGCUCUUCGACUUCCCUCCCUGGGGUCGCAUCAUCGAAGGCUCAUGCCUUUUCUGGUAUGACUUCCUGAUCAAAUAUUCGUUGGAUGAUGGAUGGAGGGAACCAAAAAGGUGA